GAUUUAGGCAGAAUGCGGGACCUGCUGGAGAAGCUGCAGACCAUUAGUAAGGAGCAGGAGGACCACGAGCCAGAGUUUCAUGGGCCUGAAAAUGAUGUAGACAAUGUGACUCUGUCUCAAGAGGCAGUGGUGUUUGACAAAUCUGCUAUCGAAAACCUCUUGAUGGAGGUCCACGGCAUUCGUAAGGACAUGUCAUUGCUCAACGUACAGGUAGAGCGUCUGAAAAAGCACAAUGACCGCUUUCGCACCACUAUGCGGCGGCUUACCCUACUCAGAAAGGACUCGGACUCCAUCGCCAGGGGGAUCAAGCAACGUGGUGAGGCUCUGUAUGUCCGCAUUCAGGCCCUGGGUAAGGAGAGCCGCCGGCUGGAGGAGAAAUCGGGUCCACUUUCUACUGUCAGUCGCAUUGCCCGGGUUCAGUAUGACGCACUGAUGUGUGCCUUCCAUGAUGCCAUGAGUGAAUACAAUAAGGCAGAGGAGAUGCAGAGGGAUGCAUGUCGGGAGAGGCUCAAAAGGCAGGCCUCCAUAAUGGGAACUGAAAUCACCAAUGAGCAGCUGGAUGAGAUGGUGGACAAAGGUGGUGAAGGAUGGGAUGAGCUGUCCCAGAACGUGCAGACCACACGCAACCGCACGCUCAGCAGGGCAAUGGCUGAGCUCCAAGGCAGACACAAGGAGCUGUUGGAGCUGGAAGCCAGGAUGAGGGAUGUCCACGAACUGUUCCGGGACAUGGCCGUGUUGGUGGAGGAGCAGGGAUCCGUGAUCAAUAACAUUGAGGCUAAUGUGUGUACCAGUGAGGAACAUGUUGACGAAUCAAACGUUCGGCUCAGGAAGGGUGUCGAGUACAAGAAGAAGACUCCUUUUCAGACAUGUUGCUCCUGUCUACCCUGCUGGAGAUGCAACCAAACGGCUUGAGGCUUAUUUUACUCUUGCAAUUUUAUAGAUUACUGAACUAAACAUUUGCCUGUAUAGUUAUGGACAACUGUUAAUUAAUCCGUGUGUGUGUGACCAUAUAGGAUGCUCUUUUAUUUUAACCGUUAAGCAGUUCACUGACGUGCAAAAUAAACGCUGUUUUUAUUAAAUUAAA